GUGCUGUUCAGUUCGUUUCAUUCUUUUAAACCUCGCUUCUACCUUUUACUCUUCAACUUUCUUCUUCAAACAUUUACAUAUCCAGUGGAUAUUUACUGAGGUACUUGAAGUAUCUGUAUAUCAAAAUCAUUCACAAUGCAUUUUUCAAAGAAGGCUCUGGCAGCCCUUGUUGGGUCUGUGACUAGUGCAAAUGCUGCGAUCCUAUGGGAUGGUCGAUUCGAUUCUUCAACUAUGUCGGAUCUAGAGGCUUGGUCAUGGAGUAAUGCCGUUGGUGAUUAUCAGAAUUAUAUUGUAAGUACUUGUGUUCUAUCCACAGCCGAUAGAGUGAUUGGAAUGGAAUCUUAUAGAGAAAUAGCACGGCACAAGUAACUUCACCAACUAUAUUGCCCUCGACAGCACUUUCAAGAACCCAGCCGAUUCUGGAUCAUCCCUCGGUGCCAAGAUAACCCUUGACAGCACCUCAUACUGGGAAGGUCAAAACAUGCGUCGUACUGAAUUGAUUCCACAAACCAAGGCAGCUAUUGCAAGUGGAAAGGUCUACUAUCAUUUCAGUAUGAUGCAUAUGGAAGCCAAUGCACCAAGCAUCUAUAGAGAACAUCAAAUUUGUUUUUUUGAGAGUCAUUUCACUGAGAUGAAGAGUGGUUGGAUUAGUGGGGAGUCGGGUACAAGUGAUCCGCUUUUGAGAUGGGAUGUUAGUGGUAAUAGUAAAUGGAGUACUAACUGGACUGCUGGUGUUUGGCACAAUGUUGCUUACGGCAUUGUAUGUUUGAAUUUAUUACCCUUCUAUUCACUUACUAAUAUACCCCUAGGAUUUCUCCGCAGGCUCUGUUGAAUUUUACCACUCCACUGGUUCUGAUCCCCUCACUCUUACUGUUCCAGCAGUUUCUGUAUCCGCCUCAUCCAAUGGUGCAGAUUGGCACUUGGGUGUUCUCGAACUCCCCGUCAGCGGUCAAACCGACGGAACCGAAGAUUUCUAUUUCUCUGGUGUAUACAUUGAAAGUGGAUCACUAACCACUAGUGUUGCUGGACCUGGCGGAGCCGUUGUCUCUAGUUCUUCUUCUGCAAGCACGUUAGUAGAAUCUUCUUCUAUUGCUUCAUCUAGUUCAGUACCUGUUGUGGAAGCUUCCAGUGUGGUAGCCUCUAGUGAAACAUCAGUUCAAGCUAUUUCUACUCAAGCUCCAAUUUCUUCUUCUACUGUCCUUUCAGUUACUCAAUCAUCAUCUAUUGCUGUUCCGGCUCAACAAACAUCAUCAAUAAUCGCUUCGUCCUCGGCCACAACCAAAAAGUCCUGCACCAAAAAGGUAUCCCCCGGAACCACCACCACCAGCAUACCUCAAGUUUCCAGCCCUCCCAGCGCUUCAAUUAUCGAAUUCACAUCGACGCAAGCCAUCACCUCCAUCGAAAUAAUACCAACAACCAUCUACAUAACCGCCGGCGGUUCAACAAUUCUCUCCACCUCCUCCGUCUCCAGAACCUACACCUCCCAUUCAGCCAUCAUAACCAGUUCCUCUAUCCUCCCCAUCGCCAUUCCAUCCACGUUCCUCACAUCCAAAAAACCCUGCACGAAGAAAGCUUCUUCAGCAGCCCUCGCUUCUUCUCUUUCUGGAAAUUUAAACAUAGCUUCUAAUUCAGGAGUUCUAACUACUUCUAGUAUUCCCCAUACUACGCUCACGACGACCAUUACUCAAACAUCUUCCACGACCGUGGCUUCUAGUUCGUCUGCUACUACUACUGCCGGAAGUGGAAGUGGAAGUGGGAGUGCGGGCAGUUUGGCGAAGUACGCACAAUGUGGUGGGUUGAAUUGGACGGGAAGUGGGACGUGUGUGGCUGGGUGUACGUGUAAGGUGCAGAAUGAUUAUUAUUCGCAGUGUCUUUGAGUUUGGAGAAUGGGAAAAGAAAAGAAAAGGAAAGACUUCAAGAAGAUGGAAUGGAUUGAUGUUCAAUGAGGAGAUAGGAGGAAGGGAGGUUUAUUUCUUGUAUAUAGUUUGAAAUUUUGAGUGUGGAGGUGUGAUUUAAACUACAUAGUUGGGAAGUUGUUAAGUACAUAUCAAUAUAUCAGCAUAACAAACUAGUGUAAGAUCCCUCUUCCUCC